CUCACUUCCUUCGCAGGAAAGACGGUUUCAAAACUCUCCUCCAUAUCCUACAUUCCCUCACUUUUUCAGGGAGAUUCCUCUGUUCUCAGAACACCUUCUCUUCUCUCUCAGACUCAGCAACCUCUAUAUCCUUCGGCCCAUCCUUCUUUUUUCAUCUCCUCUGUUCUCAAAAGUCCCUCUAAACUCUCACAUUUUCUCAAGACAAACACCCCGAGGAAAGUCUCUAGAACCAUCCCUUCCACUUCCUGCGUACUUAAAUGCCAAUCUAGAUUUCCGGAUUCAUUUUAGAUUUUUGCAUACACAGACAUCAUGAUCUCUUCAGUGAAGCUCACAGCCUCAUCCUUCUCGUCCUCAGAUUCCAUAAUUCGAAAGCUUCCUCUUCCAAAGCCUCGGUUUCUUUCACUAACAACUGCUCAAAAUGGUAAACGGAGCCUUAACCACGCAGUCUCUUCCCAGAAACCCAUUUACAUUUCUUCCAUUGAGGAAUUCGCAUUGCCGACGAAAACCCAGAGGCGCGGAACAGAGUGCAAGGCCUACGAAGCCGACCGGUCUCUGCCGCUUGAGAUUGACGUCGAGCUCCCGGACGAUCAGGCUCGGUUCGAGGCGGCUCAGAAGCUGAAAAUUGGUAUAUAUUUCGCCACCUGGUGGGCUCUGAAUGUGGUUUUCAAUAUAUACAACAAGAAGGUUCUGACUGCUUUUCCUUACCCGUGGCUCACUUCCACACUUUCGCUGGCAACUGGAUCGUUCAUGAUGCUGAUAUCGUGGGCCACGAGGAUCGCUGAGGCUCCCAAAACUGAUUUGGAGUUCUGGAAGACUCUGUUUCCGGUCGCGGUGGCGCACACAAUUGGGCAUGUAGCAGCGACCGUGAGCAUGUCGAAAGUUGCGGUUUCGUUCACCCACAUCAUAAAGAGUGGCGAGCCUGCUUUCAGCGUCUUGGUUUCAAGGUUUUUGCUAGGUCAGAUGUUCCCGGUGCAGGUUUAUCUGUCACUCUUGCCAAUUAUUGGAGGAUGCGCGCUUGCCGCUGUGACCGAGCUCAAUUUCAACAUGACUGGGUUUAUGGGGGCGAUGAUAUCAAAUCUAGCAUUUGUGUUUCGGAACAUAUUCUCAAAGAAAGGGAUGAAGGGCAAGUCUGUUAGUGGGAUGAACUACUAUGCUUGUCUGUCUAUGCUGUCCCUAUUGAUUCUUACACCUUUUGCCAUUGCCAUAGAGGGCCCCAAGAUGUGGGCUGUUGGAUGGGAAAAAGCCAUCUCUCAGAUUGGCCCACAUUUCAUAUGGUGGGUGGCAGCCCAGAGUGUCUUCUACCACUUAUAUAACCAAGUUUCGUACAUGUCUCUCGAUCAAAUUUCUCCCUUGACAUUUAGCAUAGGAAACACAAUGAAGCGGAUAUCCGUGAUAGUUGCAUCCAUCAUAAUCUUCCACACACCUGUCCAACCCAUCAAUGCUAUUGGAGCUGCCAUUGCAAUUCUUGGCACCUUCCUCUACUCGCAGGCCAAGCAGUAAGGAAGUUUGUGGUCAAUUGGACUCGGCAGAGUUUCUCCUUGAAGAUCAUAGUAAUGACGCAUUUUGAUCAUAUUAUAACAAGAAUGGUUUCUAGAUGAAAGUUUUCCAUUUAUUUCCUCUGCUCACACGAGUUGAGAAAAUGUAAUGUAGUAUAGAUAGCGUAGGGUCGAUUUUUCACGGGCUGAAAAUGAGAUUACCAAAGAAAUGCAGCAUCUUAACUUGUAGCUGUAGGCGUUGUGGUCCUGCCUUCUUAAACCUUCCUUUGGUCUAUGUAUCCUCUGGACUGCUUAUUAGUUCAAACUUGUAUGAAUUUCAAUGUUUGAGGCU